UCAAAAGGACCAAAACAUUUUUUUUUCCUUCAGGAACCCAAAGCAGAGGUUGCUCACAAUAGAUUCAGCUUGACCUGCUAUCGCAAUCUGCUCCUAUCCCUUUCUUUUGCAUCGAGCAAUAUGGGUAUAACCAAUAGUAUCCAAGUCGUAUGAGCUCUUUUUUGGCUACCAGAUUUGUAGUCGAAUGGUAUAUGAAAUCAAUUGGUGAAAAUUCAUACAAGCUGUUUGCUAAAAUGUCAAAGAGACGUUACUCGUCUGGAAUUUCAUUAAAUGUUCGUGAAAGGUCCUUUUUUGUGGACCCAAUUAAGUUUGCUGAAAAACAAAAUGUGAGAUCAUGGACAUCAAAAAUAUCAAAUUUGGUGAGGGAAAACCAAUCCAUAGAAGCAAUCAACUUGUUCAAAACAAUGCUAAGAAACGAACACAAACCCAAUUACGUGACAGUUUUAAGCGUUAUAAGAGCUGCUGAAAAUUUGGAGUCUACAGCACGAUGUGUUCACGGGUUUGCAAUCAAAUUGGGUUUUGAAUUGGAACUACCCAUUGUGACGGCUCUUGUUGGUGUUUACUCUACUUGGAAUAUGGAUGCUGCAUUGAAAUUAUUUAAUCGCACAAGGUACAAGGAUGUAAUUUUGUGGAGCGCAAUGGUUUCAGCUUGUGUCAAGAGUGGAGAGUAUGUUGAUGCUAUUGAACUUUUCAGGAAAAUGCUAUCCUCUAGCGUGGAACCAAAUUAUAUUAGCAUUGUGGGUAUUGUGCCUGCUUGUGCAAAUCUUGGUGCUUUGAAAGUUGGAAAAGAAAUUCAUGCUUAUUCGAUGAAAAUUUCAUUUAUUUCUCAUGUUAAUAUCCAGAAUUCUCUUGUGGAUAUGUAUGCUAAAUGCGGGAGUUUGAAGGCAUCCGUUGCUGUUUUUCGUGGAAUAGAGAAGAAGGAUCUUGUUUCAUGGAGGACUAUGAUUCAUGGAUGCGUAGAAAAUGAUCGUUUCAAUGAAGCUUUGAGUCUGUUCUCUCAGAUGAGGUAUUGUUGCUUUGAACCGGAUGAUAGUGUUAUUCGUGAAGUUAUUGGAGCAUUGUCAGAAUUGGAUGAGAUAAAAAUUGGACAGUGUUUUCACAGCCUUGUGCUCAAGCAGGGAUAUUUGAGAUGUGUUUCGGUAGUGACUGCUCUUCUUCACAUGUAUGGUGAUUUAUGUGAGAUUGAAUCAGCCAGGAGUCUGUUUGAUCGCCUGAAACCAAGAGAUCUUAUUGCCUGGAGUACAAUGAUUGCGGCAUAUGCCCAAAGUGAGCUGCCUAGUAAUGCUUUUGAUAUAUAUUGGCAGAUGCAAUCAGCAAAUGAGAAGCCUAACGAGAUCAUCUAUGUUAGUCUAUUACAGGCUUGUUCUUCGAUGGCUGCUGAAGAGAUUGGAGAAGGUAUACAUGCACAAGUGAUUAAAAUUGUAAAUAUAUCCAAUCCCUUUUUGAUAUCUUCGCUUAUUGACAUGUAUUGCAAAUUCGGACGCAUAAGCCAAGGAACGGCUAUUUUCAGUGAAUUUCCUAACAAAGAUCUUAUUUGCUGGAGCUCAAUGAUAAAUGGGUAUGGCAUUAAUGGGCAUGGAAAUAAGGCUCUUGAGUGUUUCUUAGACAUGUUGAACUCUGGGAUAAAACCAAAUGAUGUUGUUUUCAUUUCUGUUCUAUCUGCAUGCAGUCAUUGUGAUCUUGAAUAUGAGGGGUGGAACUGGUUUUAUGCAAUGGAAGAGAGAUUCGAUGUUACUCCGAAACUUGCACAUUAUGCGUGCAUGGUUGAUAUGCUUAGUCGUCAAGGCAAUAUAGAAGAAGCUCUUGAAUUCGUCAACAACAUGCCCAUCGAGCCUGAUAAGCGGAUAUGGGGAACUCUGCUUGCUGGCUGUAGAAAGACUCGUGUAUCUACUGAAAUCUCUGAAAUUGUUGCCAAAAGGCUCAUUGCUUUAGACCCAGAGAAUACAAGCUAUUUUGUGAUUCUGUCUAACUUAUAUGCAGAGCAGGGCAGAUGGAAAGAGGUAGAAGAGCUGAGGCAACUCAUGGAUGAGAAGAAUUUGAAGAAAGAGUUGGGUUAUAGCUUAAUUGAGACCAGCCUGUAGAAAGAUAGAGAAUAUAGACAGAUGGUAUAUCAGUACUUUAUCUACUUGGAAACCCAGUCAUAAGUUUGUGGCAUUCAAUUUCUUCUUUGAAGUGUCCUCUUAUUCGUCAACUUCUUGUCUUGUUUCAACCAAAAUUUUCAGAAGUUGGACAAAUGACUAUCUAAAUUAUUUUCAUUCUUAUGUGCUAUGAAGUAGGUAUUGAGGUCGAAUAGGAGCUUCUCUUGCAGAUUCUCAGGUAAAAAAACUGGCCUCAUCAAAAUACAGCAUCAUAGGAUUUGAAAUGCCAUUUUGGAAAAAGAGGGGACAAGAGAGCCAUCCUAUCCCAAAGGUUCCCCACAGAUUGAAUUGUGAAUUUCCCUAUCAAGCCUAUACAAGUCCAGAAGAAUGACGGGUAUUGGUAAAUGAACCGUCACCGUGUGACUUCUCUUGCUACCAUGAUAGCACCCAGUGUGAUCAGCAUCUAUGUUGCACGAACCCUCCAAAAUACUGCCGCACCCGUGUCAGAUCCUCCUAAAAUACACUACUUUUGAAUGAUCCGACACGCACCGAACGACAUUUUCGGAGUGUCCGAGCAACAUAGAUCAGCAUCGAUCGUGUCAGACGAUGAAAAUUGAGCACAACAUUUGCUUCCCCACUACUUGAAGGAGGAUCAACGUAGGUCAAAUAGUCAGGAUAUUUACAGGGGAUCUGGGGCAGAUCUUGUAGAUGGCAAAGGAUUGAGAAUCUCCAUUUUAAAUUCUUACGGUGGAAGGCUAUAUGCAAAUCUAACUGAAGUUGUGCUGAGCUCAUAGACUUGAUCCAUUGAAGAGAUACCUAAAAAUACACUGGGUGGUUUCAAUCUUAAGCUGUCUCUAUGCUGAAGUAAUAAAAACAUUCUUUAUCUUUUUGGUAGUUUUGCUUGUGUGAUCGGAGCCAACUAAAAAAAUGGAAAUGAUACAUUUUGUAUAAACUAGUUUGCGCAGCAGAUAAUCCAUUAUUAAUCCUUUUAUUUAAUUUAAUAACUAUAGAAAGAGUAGACCAUAGUCAUUAAAGUGCAGCUAGAAAACAUCUGUUUGGUGAGCACCACAUUUGUUUGAGACUGACCUCUGUAGAACAAUUUUAUUCUUGC